AUGCAACAGGCAGGAGGAAAGCUCUUUGGGCAAGACUCUACAUGUGUGCCAGAACUUUCUCCUCCUCCUCUUGGGCCUCAGGCAGGAGGGGUGGAGCCAGACCCUGAUGGGGGCAAGAGCAAUGCAUCCCCGAGGAGUAUCCAAACGUUCUCCCAUGUGGCAAGGUCAAAGGUGUGGAUUUACGUGUGCUGCACAGCCGCGCUGCUCACCGUGAUUACAGCCAUCAUUUGUGUCAUUGCCUUUGGGAGGAGCAAAUGUCAAGAUGACUGUUUCUCAAGAGCCGCCGUGGCUGCAGACUCUGGGAAAUGCUCAGACAUAGCACGGGAUAUCCUUAAAAGAGGGGGCUCGGCAGUAGAUGGCGCCAUUGCUGCACUGCUGUGCACAUCACUCAUCAAUCCUCAGAGCAUGGGCAUCGGAGGCGGGGCCAUAUUCACAGUGAUGGACAGCUCUGGGAAAGUGAAAAUAAUCAACUCCAGAGAGACAGUGCCCAGGACCAUCACACCGGACCUGAUAAAGGCUUGUUCCACCACAUUUUUGCUGGUUAUUGGCAUCAGCUGUAUUGGGGUCCCAGGUGAAAUUCGAGGUUAUGAGCAGGCACACAGGAUUUAUGGGAAGCUGCCGUGGUCCAGCCUCUUCCAACCAGCUAUCCAGUUGGCUCGACAAGGGUUCGCUAUUCCUGAAGUCCAAGGUCGAUACAUCUCACACACUGAUACCAAUGAGAGUCUGGAGCUGCGUAAGUUCUACUCUGAUAAGGAUGGAAAUUUACUGAAUACUGGUGACAUUGUGAAGUUUGAGAAACUUGCAGAUACCUUGGAAAUUAUUGCAAAUCAAGGGGCAGAUGCCUUUUACACAGGAAAAAUAGCAGAAAGUUUAAUCCAAAACAUACAGGAGGCAGGAGGAACGCUCACACUGGAGGACUUGGCGUCGUAUCAAGUUAGAGUGAGUGAUGCUUGGGUUGUUCUGCUGGGAGAUCACCAGAUGUACAUACCACCACCGCCUGCAGGAGGCAUCACUCUCAGCUUCAUUCUCAAUGUCAUGAAAGGAUAUGGCCUUGAUUCAGCAUCGCUGACAGGUGAACUAAAGACUCUCACCUACCACCGUUUCAUUGAAGCUUAUAAGUUUGCAAAUGGAUUGAAGAAACACAUCCGCGACCCAAAGUUUAGUUCAGAAGAUAUGGCAAAGAAGUUCACGGAGGAGAGCUUUGCUAACUACAUCAGGAGCCUGAUCAGCAGCGACAAGAUUCACGCUCCAGAGUACUACAACAUCACACCGUAUCUGGACGACAUGGGCACCACUCACCUGUCUGUGGUGGCCGAGGACGGAUCUGCUGUGUCUGUCACCAGCACCAUCAACUACAUAUUUGGCUCAAAGUUCAUCUCUCAAAGUACUGGAGUUAUUCUCAACAACCAGCUGUGUGACUUUUGUGGGAGAGUAGAACACAUCUUUCCUGGGGAACAGCCUCCCUCCUCCAUGAGUCCUGCUGUGCUGAAGUCUGACUCCAAACUGCUAGUGAUUGGAUCCACUGGUGGGAGUGUGAUCACAGCUGGGUUGGCCUCAGCCAUCAUGAACCACCUUUGGUUUGGGAAAAGCCUUAAAGAUGCAAUUGCUGCUCCAGUUGUUUUUGUCAAUUCUCAGGCGGCAGUGAAGUUUGAAUGUCAUUUUGAUAAGACACGUGUGUAA